AUUUACUAAAAACGCUAAAAUACUUGUUGUUUAUGGUGCUCCAACAAUAGAAAAUGAUUUUCUCUCGGUUUAACUUGUCAAUCUGGACUUAAUAUUGUACAAGUCCCAAAUGUUUUUUUAAAUUUCCAAACGCCUAUAAUGUUUUAAUUACUCUCUAAUAGAUAAACAUAAAUUGGAUAAAGCACGGCACUGUUUUUCAAAAAGUGCCUGUGCUUUAUUUGUUUGAAUAAACCAUCCUGGGCAAAAAUGUCCGGAGGCCCUUCGAAGGAUCGUUUCUAUUACCACGAUAGCAGCAGCGAUACAGAUCACGAAAGUGAAGAAAGGAGGGCCAGAGUCUACAAAAAUCGCCUGGGUCGUCUCCAAGAUUCUGAAAUACCAACAAGCAAAUCUAAUCUCAAACACCCUACAGGCCCCAAACAAAUGAGCGUGUUACAACCGUCUUCAAAGAGUCCCAAUAUGGCUUCAAGUACUAGUUCUCAGCCUGGAAGUUCAGGGCUCAAUCAGCCUUCGAAUAAUGAGGAUAGAGUUACAUUGAUCGUUGACAACACGAGGUUUAUAUUAGAUCCUGCUUUGUUUACUGCACAUCCUGAUACAAUGCUGGGGAGGAUGUUUAGCUCGGGUCUGGAGUUUACACAUCCUAAUGAAAGGGGAGAGUUCAAGGUGGCUGAGGGCAUUUCUGCAAUGGUUUUUCGUGCUAUACUGGAUUAUUAUAAAGGGGGCUUAAUACGCUGCCCUCCUACAGUUUCUGUGCAGGAAUUGAGAGAAGCUUGUGAUUAUCUGCUGGUGCCCUUCGAUGCACAGACUGUGCGCUGUCAAAAUCUUCGUGGUUUGUUACACGAAUUAAGCAAUGAAGGAGCAAGAUGUCAAUUUGAAGUGUUUUUAGAGGAAUUAAUUCUACCCCUGAUGGUAAAUUCUGCACAGAGAGGUGACCGUGAAUGUCAUGUUGUUGUUUUGCUCGAUGAUGACUCUGUUGACUGGGACGAGGAGUACCCUCCACAAAUGGGAGAAGAGUAUUCGCAAACUGUGCUGAGCACUGCCAUGUAUCGUUUCUUCAAAUAUAUCGAGAACAGGGAUGUAGCCAAGCAAGUACUGAAGGAACGAGGAUUGAAAAAGAUUCGAUUGGGCAUUGAAGGCUAUCCAACAUAUAAAGAGAAGGUUAAGAAGCGUCCAGGCGGCCGCCCCGAGGUCAUCUACAACUACGUGCAACGCCCCUUCAUCCACAUGUCUUGGGAAAAGGAGGAGGCCAAAAGCCGCCACGUCGACUUCCAGUGUGUCAAAUCCAAAUCGGUCACCAAUCUAGCGGAGGCUACGGCCGAUCCUGUUCUAGAAUUGGACGCCGAUGGUAACUUCGUGGCCGUCAACGUCAAUCCUCCAAUGGAGAGGGUUGGCCAGGAGCAGGACGACGGAGUUGCUGGACUGUAUCAGGUGGAAUUUGAUGGAGCAGGAGCGGGGGGAGGAGUUGGUGGUGCUGGACAGGGUGGUGAUGGUGUUUGAUGAUGGAGGAUGGAAGUGGAUGGGGAUGACGGAGAUGGAGAGGAAAGGGCGGGAGGGAUUGUUGAUAUGUUGAGGAGGA